GAGCUCGUUGGGAUCCAGCUAUGGUGAAAAAUGUUUCGGAAAGGCAAAAAGCGACACAGUAGCAGCAGUUCCCAGAGCAGUGAAAUCAGUAUUAAGAGCAAGUCCUUGGACUCCAGCCUCUGCGGGCUCUCCCGAUCCAGCACCGUGGCCAGCCUCGACAUGGACUCGACCAAGAGCUCAGGACAAAGCAACAACAAUUUAGAUACCUGUGCGGAAUUUCGGAUAAAAUAUGUUGGUGCCAUUGAGAAACUGAAAUUCUCUGAAGGAAAAAGUCUUGAAGGGCCUCUAGACCUCAUUAAUUACAUAGAUGUUGCCCAGCAAGAUGGAAAGUUGCCUUUCGUUCCUCUGGAGGAAGAAUUUAUCAUGGGAGUUUCUAAGUAUGGUAUAAAAGUAUCAUCAUCAGAUCAAUAUGACGUCUUACACCGGCACGCUCUAUAUUUAAUCAUCCGCAUGGUAUGUUACGACGAUGGCCUGGGGGCAGGAAAAAGCUUACUGGCCCUGAAGACCACCGAUGCCAGCAACAAGGAGUACAGCCUCUGGGUCUACCAGUGCAGCAGCCUGGAACAGGCACAAGCCAUCUGCAAAGUUUUAUCCACCGCUUUUGACUCUGUAUUAACAUCUGAGAAAGCUUGAAUUC